GGCUCAGGAUGCGGACUGUGUCUCAAAGAAGUGAGCACAGACGUUUUACUUUAUAGCUAAUGCAUGCACGUGACAGGGAGGCAGAACGCGCAAGCAGCCUAGCGCGUGUGGUGACGUGAAGAGAGCGCUGCGUGCACAGAGCGGGGUGGGGAGAAGGGAGGUGGCCCUAAGGCAUGUCUCGCUCCUCCAUUCCUAUCAUCUCACGGUCCACGUGUAGCAACGUUAAUGCUCUCCUCCUCUGCCGUCCGUACGGGACGGGGAGCCAAGGGUGCGAGUGGAAACACUCAGUCCUUCCCCGAUCGAUCCCGCCAAUCGCUUGUCUCCACUUUCUUCCCUCCGGAACUUGACUCCGUAAAACACGUGCGCAGGUUAACGCCGGAAGAAGAAAGACAACAAUAUACGCUCACGCUGGCUGAGGUAGGACGCCUGUAGGGUGCUCUUAGUGCGAGACUUCAGGCCAUGGCUUCCGAGGACAUCAGAUUGCUGGAAGCUUCACCGACUGCUGCGGAGAACGAAGUACAACAAUACGAUGCGACCUUAUCUCCGAUGGGAAAUGGUCUGUCGACAGAAGUGACCAGCGGUACUCCCCAUUACGUUCAAAUGGACGAGGGGGGGAGCAGACUACAUGUCAACAACCAACGGGUGAAGUUCACGGUGUCUCCAGUGCGGCAGACCAGUAACAGCAAAAGUGGCCAAUAUCUCGCCAACAUCGGCGACUACCAGGAAGACCUGGCGGCCUUUGAACUGGGCGAGGACAUCGAGGCCACAGACACGCUCACCCAGAACAGCAUAACGUCUAUUUUGUCGGCAAAAUUUCGUGACCUGAACAAACGAUGGAAGCAAUAUGGCAAAGAUUCUCCUCGAUUCAGGAAAAGAUUGAUGUCAAAGUGGGAGAGUCUGAACUACGACCAGAUUGACAGUUUUGUACAUCAGGAGGAAAAUGAAACGGAAAAAAGCAAGUCUAAGAAACGCUUUGCCUUUGAGUGGGUGAGCCGCUGGCUGAUGAUGUUUCUCAUUGGCAUCGGAACAUCUCUGCUGGCAGCGGGAGUUCAUAUCUCGGUGGAGCUAGUGGCGCAUCACAAGUUCCUGCUGAUAGGCAAAUACCUGGAUGAAUGCUCUCAGAACUCUUGCCUUGUGAAGCCGGUGGCCAUCUGGUGCAGCUUCAACCUGGGACUCACUCUUCUUGCCGCAGCACUCGUCACUUACCUGCAGCCAGGAGCAGCAGGCAGUGGUAUUCCCCUCAUCAAAUCUUACCUCAAUGGCGUCCGCAUACCUGGUCUCCUCUCACUCCGUGCUUUUAUUGCUAAGACUGUUGGUGUUGUUCUUUCCAUUCUCGGUGGACUGACCUGUGAUAAGGAAGGACCAAUGGCUCACUCUGCUGGUAUAAUUGCUGCUGCACUGGGCAAAGGCAGAAUACCAUGGUUUUCAGGUGAUAUAAAGGUGUACAGCAUGUUCCGUUCAGACCAUGAAAUUCGUGAUUUUGUCGCAGCAGGAGCAGCUUCUGGUGUGUCUGCCGCCUUUGGUGCUCCUGUUGGUGGAACUCUUUUUAGUGUGGAGGAGGCUGCUAGCUUCUGGAACUCAGAACUUGUGUGGCGUGUGUUCUUCUCUGCAAUGAUUGCAUGUUUUUCUACAAACUUCCUUCUCAGUGCCUUUGAAGGAAAUCCAACAGAGAUGUCCAACCCUGGGCUUAUGCGUUUCACCACAUUGCCACACUAUGAUGUCUACAAUUCCUCAUCACAGUGGAAUCUUUCAUUUGACUUUAUCAAGAUUCCAGUUGUCAUCAUCAUGGCUGUUAUAGGUGGUCUGAUGGGUGCCUUGUUUGUAGUCAUGAACUAUAAACUCACUGUGUUCAGGCAAAAGUAUUUGCACAGAUACAACUGGAUCAAGGUAGCAGAAGCAGGCCUGGUGUCAGUAGUCAGUGCUGUUGUAAGUUUCCUACUCAUGUUUGGGGUCAAUCAGUGCUCAGCCGCAAAGCCUUAUAACCAUCAAGCUAUUACUUCAAAGAUGUUCUGCAGUGGGGACUCUCAUAAUGCCAUGUCCACAAUGUUUCUCACAACACCAGAAGGCUGUCUCAAAUCAUUUCUGCAUGAUCCACAAGAAUCAUAUAGUCCCAUCACCUUGAUAGCCUUCACAAUUGCAUGUUUCCUGCUGUCUGUGUGGACAUAUGGCUUGAGUGUGUCCAGUGGCGUUUUCAUUCCAUCCCUGGCGAUUGGUGCUGCCUGGGGUCGCCUUAUUGGCAUGGGUGUCAUAGCAAUCUUUCCUGAUCAGGCCAAUGACAUAGGAAGAUAUGCUCUGAUUGGGGCAGCAUCUCAGAUGGGUGGUAUUCUGCGCACUACCAUUUCUCUAACGGUUGUCAUCCUAGAGUGUAAUGGUGAUAUCUCCUUUGGCCUCUGCAUCCUGACUGCUCUGAUGAUCUCCAAGUGGGUUGGCGAUUUCUUCACCACUGGUUUGUAUGACAUGAAUGUGGAAGUUUGCGGAAUCCCUCUUCUAUCCUGGGAGCCACCACCAUUGUCUGAGAAUGUGAGAGGCUGUGAACUGAUGAGUCAGCCAGUGUUAUCAAUCUUCCCAGUGGAGAAAGUGGGUCACAUUAUGGACAUUCUGGAGAAUGAGACUUUUCACGGCUUCCCAGUCAUUGAACAAGAUCCAUCAAAAAAAGGCAAGCUUCAGGGAAUUAUUUUACGAUCUCAGCUGCUUGCAAUGCUUCAGAAGAAGGCUUUUGCCCCUGAAGGCCAGACCACAACAGUAAAACUAUCCUUUGAAGAUUUCAACGAUCUGUGUCUUGCUUCUUCUCGUUUUUCUGUCAAGGACAUAAAGAUAACAGAUGAAGAGAAGCACCAGUUGAUUGAUGUUCAACCUUACAUGAACAGGACUCCAUACACCAUUACAGCUAAUUUUUCCUUGCCUCGCAUUUUCCGACUAUUCCGUGGGCUGGGCUUACGGCAUUUGGUGGUUUUAGAUGAAGAAUUUCAGCCCAUCGGAAUGGUGACAAGGAAAGACCUGGCAAGGUAUCGUGCUGGCACCAAGCGAGGCAUGUUACACAUGGAGCAGCUGACCAUUGAAGACAUCUAGCCUUCUACAUUCCCCACAAACAAGCAGUCCAGUUAUUAAAUG